GAUUCCCAUUCGAAAAUCCACACAACAAACUUAGAAACCCAACUUGCAAAUUGGAGCUUCAAACUAUUCCCAAAGCAGACUCACAAUUUUCGAGUACUAUUCAACACAAAAAAAACCACCGUUGCCCAAUGGCUAGUGCAUGGCUUUGGUCAUCAACUACAUUUCUGAUGAUCUUCAUCUCCAUAUUCUUUCCCAUCCCUCUUCCCAUCUCUCUUCCUCCUCCAAUUACAGUUACUGCUGCAUGGGCAUGGCCACAAAUUGCAAUUUCCAUGGCUUGCCUUCUUGUGCCUCUCACCAUAAUCACCUUGAUUCACUUCUUGCCUCUACUGAUCCUCCACCAUGAUCAUCGCCACAACAACAACAAAAACCUCCCCAAGGGCUCCUUUGGCUGGCCUUUGCUUGGUGAAACCCUUGGCUUCCUUAACCCUCAUCCAUCCACUUCACCUGGAGCUUUCCUUCAAGACCAUUGCUCUAGGUAUGGGAAGGUUUUCAGGUCACAUUUGUUCUUGUCCCCAACUGUGGUGUCAUGUGAUCAGGAGCUGAACUACUUCAUACUCCAGAAUGAAGGGAAGCUAUUCGAAUGCAGCUACCCAAAACCCAUCCAUGGGAUUCUUGGAAAUGUGUCGAUGCUUGUGGCCGUUGGUGACACUCACAGGAGGCUUAGGAACGUUGCUCUGUCUCUUGUCAAUGUCACAAAAUCGAACCCUGAGUUCUUGCAUGACGUGGAGAUGACUGCAACUAUGAUCCUGAAAUCCUGGAGUGGGAAGGAGCAAGUUCUGUUCUGCGAGGAAGCCAGAAAGUAUAGUUUCAACGUGAUUGUGAAGCAAGUUCUUGGGUUGACGCCAAAGGAUCCUGAAACCACAAGGAUUCUUGAGGAUUUCUUAACCUUCAUGAAGGGUCUCAUCUCUCUUCCUCUCUAUGUUCCUGGAACUCCAUAUGCUAGAGCUGUUCAGGCUAGAAGCAGGAUAGCUUCCUCUGUUAAAGCAAUUAUAGAGGAAAGGAAAAGAAGGAGAAGGAUGGAAGGACAAGGCUAUUUUGGGAAAGGGAAAGUUGAUUUCCUUGAGAUAUUACUGGGCGUGGAAACCUUAUCUGAGGAUGAAAAAGUGAGUUUUGUUCUGGACUCUCUGUUGGGUGGAUAUGAAACAACUUCUCUGUUACUGGCCAUGGUGGUGCAUUUUCUAGGUCAAUCCCCUCUUGCCCUUUCUCACCUCAAGUUGGAGCAUGACAAUAUAAGAAGUUGGAAGAAAGAGGGAGAGUGUUUGAGUUGGGAAGAUUACAAGAAGAUGGAAUUCACCCAUCAUGUCAUCAAUGAAGCAAUGAGGUGUGGGAACAUAGUAAAGUUUGUGCACAGAAAGGCCCUGAAAGAUGUCAAAUUUAGAGAUUACUUGAUUCCAUCUGGCUGGAAGGUUCUGCCUGUCUUUACUGCUGUUCAUUUGGACCCUUCUUUGCAUCCAAAUGCUCUCAAGUUUGAUCCUUGGAGAUGGGAGAGUGAAGAUCAAACAAGCAAGAAAUUCACACCAUUUGGAGGAGGGUUAAGGUGUUGCCCUGGGUCUGAACUGGCCAAAGUUGAAGUUGCAUUCUUCCUCCACCAUCUAGUACUGCAGAACUUCAGAUGGAGAACUGAAGAUUCAGAUGGGCCCUUGGCAUUUCCUUAUGUAGAAUUUGAAAAGGGUUUGCUGCUAAAUUUGGACCAUUCAUGAUGAUCACUCACAGCUCUUUGAAGAAUUUUUUUUUUCUGUAGUUGCUUUAACUUUUUUGAGGAGGUUUAAUUAGGAUCAUUAUCUGUCAAUCUUUACUUUCUGUUGCUCCAUAUGUAUGUAACUAUGUAUACAUAUCUUCCAUUCCCCCUGCCCUUGCUUCAUCUCGAUGGAAAUGGGCUUUUGCCACAAAUGUUUUAUUUUGUGUUGACGCUCAAUUUGGUAAAUAGUAAGAGGAAUAAACAUUGCGUAGGUUG